AAGUCAAGAAAGACUCAGAGGCUUUGCUUCUGCCUUAUGUCCUCCAAAAAUGAUGGGUAGCAUCAACAACGUUAUCAUCAACAAGAGAGUAGUUGUUUUAGUAUUUUCUGAUUAUUUAUCACGCUAUUAAGUGUGGAAAGCAAGGUGUAUUGCAUUGGAAUAUUAAUAGUUUUGGAAUGGAUGCAUAAAGUCAAGAAAGACUCAGAGGCUUACCUUCUGCCUUAUAUCCUCCAAAAAUGAUGGAUAGCAUCAACAAGAGAGUUGUUGUUGUAUUUUCUGGGAUUUUGUUUCUGAGUUUGUUGAGUGGAUCUAAUGGGGACACCGUUGGAUUUGGAUACUCCGUUCGAUCGGUCGGUCUCAAUAGCUCCGGCAAGUUCUUGACUGCGAAUCUUCAACUCAUCAAAGCUUCCACCAUUUUUGGUCCUGAUAUACACUGUCUCACCCUUACUGUUAGCCAUGACACAAAAGAUCGUCUGAGAAUCAGAAUCACAGACUCCGAAACCAAACGAUGGGAGGUCCCCCAAGACAUCAUCCCCCGCCAAAUCCAUCAUCCCAAUCCGCACCUCUGCCAUUCCUCCGAAAACGACCUCUCUUCUUCGCCGGAAAGUCACUUCCCGCCUUCGGAAAACCACCUUUACUCCGACCCCAAUUCCGACCUCCUCUUCACUCUCCACAACACCACCCCAUUCGGCUUCACCGUCUCCCGCCGUUCCUCCGGCGACGUCCUCUUCGACACUUCUCCGGCCAAUUCGAAUCCCGAGACGUUCUUGAUCUUCAAGGACCAGUACAUCCAGCUCUCUUCCAGGCUCCCCAAGGAUACAUCCUCUCUGUACGGCCUGGGCGAGCACACCAGGAGCUCCUUCAAGCUCACACCCGGAGAGACUCUGACUCUGUGGAACGCCGGCAUCGGGAGCGUCAAUACUGAUAUGAAUCUUUAUGGGUCGCACCCUUUCUAUCUGGAUGUCAGAUCGCCAUCCGGAAAUAGUCAUGGGGUUUUGCUGCUGAACAGUAAUGGGAUGGAUAUAGUGUAUGGUGGUGAUAGGAUUACGUAGAAGGUCAUUGGUGGAGUCGUUGAUUUGUAUAUCUUUGCUGGGUCGUCGCCGGAAUUGGUUAUGGAGCAGUAUACCGAGCUUAUUGGUCGCCCUGCCCCUAUGCCGUAUUGGUCUUUCGGAUUUCAUCAAUGCCGAUGGGGUUACAAGGACAUUUCUGAUGUGGAGGGUGUGGUUGCUAAUUAUUCCAAAGCUCAAAUUCCUCUUGAAGUUAUUUGGACAGAUAUUGACUACAUGGAUGCAUAUAAGGAUUUCACUCUUGAUUCCAUUAAUUUUCCACUGGAUAAGAUGAAGGGUUUUACUGAAAGAAUUCACCAAAACGGACAGAAAUAUGUGCUCAUCUUAGAUCCUGGUAUCAGUGUGAACAAAACAUAUGAAACCUACUUAAGAGGGAUAAAAGCCGAUGCCUUCAUAAAACGUGAUGGUAUCCCCUACUUGGGGAGUGUUUGGCCUGGAUCAGUCUACUUCCCUGAUUUCUUAAAUCCAGCGGGUGGAACUUUUUGGGGUAACGAGAUCAAGAUAUUUCGAGAUAUUCUUCCCUUUGAUGGUCUCUGGCUGGACAUGAAUGAGAUAUGCAAUUUCAUAACAUCCCCUUCUACACCAUCUUCCAAAAUUGAUGACCCUCCGUACAAAAUCAAUAAUGCUGCAAUCCAGCGAGGAAUUAAUUAUAAAACCGUACCAGCCACAGCUUUGCACUUUGGCAAUAUUACAGAGUACAAUGCCCAUAACCUUUAUGGUCUACUAGAAGCUAAAGCCACAAAUGCGGCCUUGGUUAAUGUUAUUGGUAAGAGGCCCUUCAUUCUUUCAAGAUCUACUUUUGUGGGCUCUGGGAAGUACACAGCACAUUGGACUGGAGAUAAUGCUGCCACAUGGGAUGAUUUGGCUUAUACCAUUCCAUCCAUUUUGAACUUUGGAUUGUUUGGAAUUCCAAUGGUUGGAGCUGAUAUAUGUGGUUACUCCAGAAACACUACUGAGGAGCUCUGCAGACGUUGGAUUCAGUUAGGUGCUUUUUAUCCCUUUGCAAGAGACCACUCUGAGAAAUCUACAAUCCGUCAAGAGCUCUAUCUUUGGGAUUCAGUUGCUGCAUCAGCCAGGAAGGUUCUUGGUCUCCGCUACCGGCUGCUUCCCUUAUUUUACACACUGAUAUAUGAGGCACACAAAAAGGGGACCCCUAUUGCACGACCCCUUUUCUUCUCCUUUCCUCAAGACACCAAAACUUAUGGCAUCAAUUCACAAUUUUUAAUUGGUAGAGGUAUAUUGGUGUCACCUGUAUUGAAGUCAGGAGCAGUUUCUGUUGAUGCAUACUUCCCAGCAGGAAACUGGUUUGACCUCUUUAAUCUCUCCCGUUCAGUGAGUGCACAAUCAGGACAGUAUUUCAAACUUGAUGCACCUCCUGAUCAUAUAAACGCGCAUGUUCUAGAAGGAAAUAUCUUGGCCCUGCAAGGAGAAGCAUUGACAACAAAAGCCGCGCGGAGAACACCAUUCCAGCUCUUGGUUGUCAGCAGUAGCAGCACAAAGAGCACCGGAGAAGUUUUUCUAGAUGAUGGGGAGGAAGUGGAGAUGGGAGGACAGGGAGGGAAGUGGAGUCUGGUGGGUUUUCAAAGCUCAGUUCAAGGGAACAAAGUGGUGGUUGAGUCAAAUGCUGUGAAUGCCGAAUUUGCUUUAUCUCAGAAGUGGAUAAUUGAUAGAAUUACCGCUAUAGGAUUGAAAAAGGCUAAGAGACUGAAAGUUUAUGAAUUAUAUACAAAAUCAGGAAAAAGUUUCGCAAAACAUUAUGGUAUUAAAACUAGCUUUGAUAGCUCUGAUCAGUUCAGCAAAGUAGAGAUGACAGGGUUGUCGUUGCUUAUAGGAGAGCCAUUCAAGAUAGUAUUGAAUCUUGGCUAGCAUAGCAUUAAGAAUUUUCUACAAGGAAUUGUAAUCUAAAAAUAAAUUAAUGACUACAAAUAAUUUACAUCUCUAUUUAUUUUCGGUUGGUUGCCUUUUCUCUUUCUUCUAGUUU